UCUCUCCUGCCAGGGCGGAAGUGGGUCCAUUUUUUUCUCAGUCGGAUAAGAGCGGCUCGAGGAGCUGCAUCGCGAGCAACACGCGCCUACGAGUGCGCAUACCUCAUGUUUACGUUAACGUUAGUUCGUCCAGCGGCAAGCAACGGCAACAACAGCGAAGUAAGGCACGUAAUCAAGGUCCAUACGGUCGUUGGACCGAGCUUUUCCCGUUUGUAGGGCACCGUUUUCCACGCUGCUGGAGGAAAAACGCUGCGCAUUCCUCUACGCAGCGACCCACAGAGAUCAACCGACGGACUCAACGGGGAAGAAGAGCUGGAAGGGGCCUCUUCACCAGGUGGACCGGUGAAAUCUCCCACAGAGGCUGUGACACAAGUCUUGUCUGAUGUUUUGGCUUUUUUCGGGGGCUCUGUGUUUGGUUUUGAUGCCCUAAUGACCCAAGGCACUCUGUGAGAUCGUUGCUUUGAUGAAUAAUUUACAGUCUCGUUCUCCGAGGCUCGCGCUGAGACUACCAACCCUCCGCUGGCUGCGCCUGACGCCGUCUGAUCGGGCCCCGAUGGUUGACUAAAGAGAAACGCCACAACGACAACACGGGCCCGUAUUGGAGAGCAGAAGAGAAAGCCAAAUUAUAAAUUCUUUGAUAUUCGUAUUGUUUUGUUGCGCAGAACCCCGUUGUCAUGUUGCCGAGUCGGUGUGGAAGGAGAGACGGAGCCCCCAGUAUUUCGACGCCGACCCAGCGUCACUCCAGUUUGGGGUUUAUUUUAUGAGCCCAUCUUUCUGCACAGAGGCGCCAACAUCGUCCAUUGUCAUCUUGUUGGUCUUAUCUGAAAGAAUGACGCGGAUGACCCCCCCUCCUAAAAAGCCUUACACGACUGAUUAGAUCUUAACAGCCCAAGUAUUUUUCUUUUUGUUAUCUCAGAAACAGUCUUUCAAUAACUGUUUUGAAGAACUGGCUACCUCCUUGUUUUUCAUCAGGUCAGAGUUAUAUAAUACAGAGAAAAUCUGUAAGUCGAUGAGUGCUGUUUUCACUGUUGAACUGACUUUAAUACCUCAUGAAUCUACCUCAAAUACAACUUUAGUUUCUACACAACGCAACGGACCGAUGUGUCCCCAAAUGAAUACCUCAACCUUGGUGCUGUGCAUAUUGUAAACUUAGCCUGUGUUUCGGUAACGCCACAGAUGGCUUCGUUUCCAGACUCUGACCUGCAGACUUGCCCGCUCUGUAAGGAGCUGUGUGGCUCCUCUGCUCCCAUUUCCUCCAGCUCUUCUACCUCCUCAUCUUCCUCACAUACCUCAUCCUCCUCCAGCCAGACCACAAGGAGGCUCCACGUCCUGCCCUGCCUCCAUGCCUUCUGCAGGCAGUGCCUAGAAGGCCAGCGUAGUCCUGGUGAUCCAUUGAAGCUGCUGUGCCCCACCUGCGACCAGAAGGUGUCCAUCUCUGAGGCUGGUGUGGAUUCCCUGCCUUCCUCCAACUUCCUCUUCAGCAACUUGCUAGACGUGGUGGUGAGCUCUGAGGAGCAGAUCCAGAACAAGAACGGCCACCACCAUCGGGGAGGCUUAGGUGGAGGCUCCUCUGGUUUCCAUCACCCUCAUGGAGGCCUGCUGCACCCUCACCACCUGGGUGAGCCUCAGUGCAGCUCCUGCGAUGAGGAGAACCCAGCCACCUCCCACUGCCUUGACUGCCAGGAGUAUCUGUGCGACAACUGUGUGCGGGCACACCAGCGGGUGCGGCUGACGAAGGACCACUUCAUUGAAUGCCUGGGAGAGAACCUCCACCUGGGCCGGGUCAAUGCCAACAGCAACUCGGGCCAGCCAGGGGUGUCGGUUUCCCUCGCGCAGUCCCUCCAGAACAACUUUGCCCUUCUGUCUCUGUUCCAGGAUCGUAUGAGCUUCUGCCAACACCAUGACAGUGAGGUAUUCCUGUUUUUCUGUGAAACCUGCUCGGUGCCUAUCUGCAGGGAGUGCAGCGUGGGCCGUCACAUGGGCCACACCUUUGUUUAUUUGCAAGACGCCGUACAGGACUGCAGGGCAAUCACCAUCCAGCUGCUGGCAGAUGCACAGCAGGGACGACAGGCUGUGCAGCUGAGCAUGGAGAAGGUCCAGGCCAUGGCAGAGCAGGUGGAGAUCAAAGCCAAGGUGGUGCAGACUGAAGUGAAGGCCCUCGUCCUCAGACAUAAGAAAGCGCUGGAGGAGAGGGAGUGUGAACUACUGUGGAAGGUGGAGAAGAUCCGACAGGUGAAGGCCAAGUCUCUGUACCUGCAGGUGGAGAAACUGCACCAGAGUCUGACCAAGUUGGAUAGCACCAUUGCUGCUGUCAGUCAGGUGCUAGAUGAGGGUCGCCACCUUGACGUGCUGCUGGCCAGGGAGCGAAUGCUCACCCAGAUCCAUGAACUCAAGGCUUUGAGGGGCCUGUUGCAGCCGCAAGAGGAUGAUCGCUUCAUGUUUACUCCUCCAGACCAGGCGCUGUACAUAGCCAUCCAGUCCAUGGGCCUCAUCAGUAGCGGAGCCUUUGCUCCAGUCACCAAAGCUCAUGGUGAAGGUCUAAAAAGUGCGCUUCGUGGCAAGCCUGCCUCCUUCACUGUGAUUGGAUACGACCAUGACGGCGAGCCACGUCUCUCUGGCGGGGAUGCAGUCUCUGCGAUAGUGAUGUCGGUCACAGAUGGUAACCUCUCUGCAGCGGAGGUAACCGACCACCAGAACGGUUCGUACACUGUCAGCUACCUGCCUAAAUAUGAGGGGGAGCACCUUGUGUCCGUAUUAGUUUGUAACCAGCACAUCCAGGGAAGCCCCUUCAAGGUUAACGUGAAGUCAGGGCGAAGCUAUGGCUCCCUGGGCUCCCAAGUGUCAUCCUUCGGGUGCGAGGGGGAAGGAGAUGGUCAGCUGUGUCGUCCCUGGGGCAUCAGUGUGGACAAGGAGGGAUACGUGGUGGUGGCUGAUCGCAGUAACAACCGUAUACAGAUAUUCAAGCCUUGUGGUGCCUUCCACCAUAAGUUUGGCUCUCUAGGUUCCCGGCCUGGUCAGUUUGAUCGUCCAGCAGGGGUUGCAUGUGACACUCAGAGACGAAUCAUUGUGGCUGAUAAGGACAAUCACCGUGUGCAGGUGUUUACUUUUGAGGGCCAGUUCCUGCUGAAGUUUGGGGAAAAGGGUACCAAGAAUGGGCAGUUCAACUAUCCCUGGGAUGUGGCUGUCAACUCUGAGGGUAAGAUCCUGGUCUCAGACACCAGGAACCACCGCGUGCAGCUUUUUGCCCCUGACGGCUCUUUCCUCAACAAGUACGGCUUUGAGGGGGCCCUUUGGAAACACUUUGAUUCUCCCAGAGGAGUGGCCUUCAAUCACGAAGACCACCUGGUGGUGACCGAUUUCAACAACCACCGGCUCCUGGUCAUCCGACCAGACUGCCAGUCAGCUCGCUUUCUGGGCUCUGAGGGCACCGGGAACGGGCAGUUUUUGCGGCCCCAGGGUGUCGCAGUGGACCAGGAGAACCGCAUCAUCGUGGCAGAUUCCCGUAACCAUAGAGUCCAAGUGUUCGAGCCCAAUGGAAACUUCUUAUGCAAAUUUGGCGCACAGGGGAGUGGCUUUGGACAGAUGGAUCGCCCCUCCGGUGUGGCUGUGACGCCGGACGGAGUCAUUGUGGUUGUUGACUUUGGAAAUAAUCGCAUCCUCAAGUUCUAAAAAAAGUUUAUUUUUGCAUUCUCUCCCUCCGUUUGCCCCUUUUGCAGGUUUUUCAAUGAAGGAAAUGGAGGAGAGAGAAUGAAUCAACAGACACAUUAGGAGGAGAGCUCAGAGGGGAUUGAGAGCAUCUUGAAGUGAAGGGAAAUUAAAACUGUAGAUUUUUUUGCAUUGAUAUUCUCCUAAUCAGAUAUCUGUGGUAUGUAUGAAAAAGGGGACCUCUACAAAUUGAUAAUCAGUAGUAAAAGAGCCAUAUUUCCCUUCUUCUGCUCUGAAUUUUCUCUGCAAGCUUUCCUUAAGUAUCCAUCUCAGGGAAUUUCUCACUUUUCUUGAAAUCUUGUACCCUCUGCUCCAUACCUACCUCAUUUAGCUCUUUAUGAAUGUACUCAUUGUCAUUGAGCAGAGCUUUUAGUCCGUGAAGUUUUACAAAGAAGAAAAGUCUACCUCUAUACUUUGUUAUUUAAGAGAGACAAAAAAGAAAAGACUGUUUGGUUGAUAUUUGCACAGGAUUAAUGGAAUUCUUGCUGUGCAUUUUGAAAUAUGAGUUAAAGUGAACCUCCUGAAUGUUGUUGCUGAGACAAUACUCAGACCGCUGUAGAGGCUGCAUGAUUUAUUCUCAUUAGAGGACUUUGCUCCGAGAGGAAACUGGGGUACAGUCAUGUCCCUUUCAUGUGUUUUUCGCUUUCGCAUCAGCUGUUCUCUCUUUGUGGCUUUGUGGAGUUGUUGUCAUGAUAGCCUAAGACGAGUGUGUUAAGCGAUGCCAAACUUGAUAGAAUCAAAUUUAGUUCAGGUCACGUAGGACUGAUUAAAAUGAUCAAUACUUUUCAAGCUCACCCUCGAGCUUUACUAGCUAAUGCUGAUUUGAUAGAUUUCUAAGUAAUAAUAUAUAUUAGGAAUUGAUCUCCAAAAUGAUCCCUGAAAUGAUCCCCCCAAAAAAGUGUCCGUUCUCUCAGCUAUCAUACCUCCCAAUUGUUUCAUGUAAAACUGGAUGAAGUAAUGUCUCUGGGGAAAAAAAAUGAGAGAACCUGUGUUGUUACUACUACUCCAGUCAGUUGCAGCUGAAGAUACAAAUAUUAGUAUGCAAGGGGAGCAGUGUCUCCAUCAAAAGAGAGGACCCACCAAAGGAUUUUGGACAUGGAUUUUCCAAGAUCUGCAUCUAUUAGUGGUAUUAAUUUAAAGAGAUUUAAUCAUAUAGAAUGACACCUUUUUGGUGAGGCAUGCUGUGUGACAAAAGCCUCACAAUUAGACUCCUGAUUUGGCUGUCCAGAGGACAUUAAUGGCAUCAAAUGAAAGGCCCAAGAUUACAAUCCUUUGGAUUUAGAUUGUGGUUGAAAGCCACUCCCUUUGGCUCCCGGGGCCUAGGAUUUAGUCCAGACCAAUGAGAGGGCGUGAUCACACAGCCCUGCCCUAUUUAUUGAUCCUUGGAGUUGAAGAGACCUCUCCAGAUUGAGCGCUAGUAGACCAGUUCCUCUAAAGACGGAGGUCUAUAGACCAACUACUGGAGUCAACCAAAGUUAGGAUUUCUGCACAAUGGCCAACUGUAGAUUUGGCAAUUAAAGAAACUAAAAAACCCUUUAAAGAACAUUAUCUUUAAUAAUCGUUGCUGGGAAGUUCAUAAACCUCAUGGAGUUGAGUUCAUAGCACUGUCAAUGAUAGACUUAGAAAAAUAAACUGUGAUGGGGUCACAGUUUAUUGUUCAUGAGUACCUUGACAUCCUGCUAACAGUAAGGCUCUUGUUAUGUGAAGCAGGUUUAAAAAAAAAAAAAAAUCCUCUUUGUCUUUCCGCAGAAAUGUUCGUAUACUUAACAUACCAGCACCAAAGAGAACCCCUUUCUCCCCCUCGCAUUUAUCGCCUCAGCCCAUCAAAUAGUUCCCCAAUUUUAUACAUAUUAUAGAUGGCCCAUAGGUUCAAAGUAGCAUCUCAGAUUAGCAUUUGUAUUCCAAUCUAAUUAACAUAGAAAGUAAGUGAUGCUAACUCUAAGGUGAAAGAGUUGUGGGGUUUUGAAUCCCCUUGUCCUUUGUUCAAACUGUGUCCCACUGGAAGCACUCGACAACUGAGGUUCUGUUAGCCACUUCCUUAGCCUAGCAAAGAAUCUUGAGACCUGUGAAAAGAUACUCUGACUGACUCUCACCUCUGAGGAGAGGGUCCGUCUGUACGUGAUAGGGAUCUACAUUGUCAUAUCUCAGACAUCCUGUACCUCAACGGACGCUUUACCUCCUUUCUCCUAUACCUCAACUUCUGAAUACCUCAGAUACAGUAUGUCACUCAUUGCUACUGUGCAUUUAAACAUUCAAAUACCUCAGCUUGUUACUCAUUCUGAAUACCUAAUUUUUACUCUUUUAUUUAAGCAUACCUCAACAGAUAUUUAUACAUUAGAAAUAUACCUCAUUUAUUGACUCUUCUUGUGCUACCGUACAGUACACGUCCCAUAGCGCUAGGACCAAAGAUCAUGGUACUGUUUUUAGCUGAAGUGAAAUUUGUAUUAUGGUCAUCACACCAUCUUCCAACCCUCUAUUGUAAAUUGCCUGGUAGUCUAUGCCUUUUAUCAUCAAGAAACCAAAUAUUCUCAGAUGAAAGCAUUGUGCCAAAAUGAUCAGUGAGAGUUCUGUGCCAAACAGGGUUGGCAUUUGGACCAUGCUGUUGUAGAUGACUAAUGUCACUGGACCAUUAUAUCAAUAGAUACAAAUGUUAAAUCAGAGUGCCUGAGAAUAAAUCCUUGCUCUCUGAUUAGAUGCACUUAAAAGGGCUGGGCCCCAUUUAUCUUUACCUCAUGAUGAUGAUGAUGAUGAUGAUGAUGAUGAUGAUGAACAUGCAGAUUCCACUAGUACUUUGUUACUGUGUGCAGGCGGUGAGGGGAGGAGGAUGUGCCCUCUUGUAAAGAGUUAAGAGCUUCACACAUCCACUUUUGAACGCACAAGAACGACCUCUAAUUUCAGCACAAUUUACCAAUAUUUCAGUGUGGAUUUUAGGACACUUGAUGUUGGCUGGCCUUGAGCUAAGUUGAAACUCAACCAUUCUGAGUGUGGUUUAAACAAACCCAUCAGAGGAUUCCCGCUAAGUCGUGACAACAGGACGGUUUAUGAUUUACAUGGAGCUAUUAGCACAUAUUGAUGAUUCCACACACCCUGCUGCUUUGAACCCAACACCUAAUUUCACCAGUAAGAUUGUUUUUGCUUUUCAGUAUUACUCUGUGAAAUGUUCAUUCAUGUUGCAUCAGGUUUUUUUUUUAUUAAGAUUGCAGAGUUCUAUCUUUAAGAUCUUUAGGUCUUCACUCUUAAAGAGGAAAAAUGUAUUUUAAACCUUUAUUUGUUUUUCAUCUUGUUGCAUGCUUUAAAAAGUCCUUGUAGUAUACUGACGUCUCUCAGAUAGGUGUUGAAAAACUCAGAUGGGGUGGGUAGCUGACUUUUGGGAUGGUUUUUACCAAAAUAUAUACCCAAAGAUGUGUGUGUGUGUGUGUGUGUGAGAGUGAGAGAGAGAGAGUGUGUGUGUGUGUGAGUGAGAGAGAGAGAGUGAGAGAGAGUGUGUGUGUGUGUGUUAAGAUUGCAUUGGGUGGAAUUAACCUUUGACCUUUGCGAUUGUAUUUCCUGUUCUCAAGAGGCUCUGCACAGCACAACCUGUUCUGCCAGCCAUACCUCAAUUCCUGAGAAACCAUGGAGUUUUCAGAUCACUGCAGAAGGCUGGUGUGCUCCAUUUCCAUCAGCUCUUUCUAAUAUGCAUAAUGUGGGUAGAUAUGUUGUUCACACUCAAGCCCUGUAACUUUAGGAUGCUGUAAAAGCUUCCUGUUGAGCGCAGAUUUACCUUAACAAUGAUGAAUCCACAGUGCGGCCAUUUUGUGUUUUACCUUGUAAUGGGCCUGUCAUGUGAAGAGCAGCUAGGUUAUUCCAGUACAAACUUGCAAUCAGCUCCAUUCUUUGUCCUUAUAAGAAUUCAGGAAGUGCGGUGAUGAUGGAUGUUGAGCACAUGAUUGGUUGACUGCACUCCUGCUUGGCGGGUUUUUGUUUUUUUUGUUAUUGGGCCCCUGUGGUUUUUGUCCACCAUUUUAUUUCUGCUUUCUCACAGCUUUAAGAGAGAAAAAGCAAAGCUGCACCAGGUGAUGUGUGCAACGGUCAUAGACCUCCUUUUAAUGAUUGUAUACAGAAAGAAAAAAGAAAGAUUGGAAAAUUUAGAAAGGAAAAAAAAUAAAACUCAGGUAGUUUUCAGCAGCCCUGCCCUGCAGGUGUCUCAUUGAAAUGUGUCCCCUAGUGAUAAUGUAGUGACUUUUUCCCCCGUUUUGACCUCUCAGUACUAGUCUGAUUCUUUUGUGUGUCCAUUUGCAUAUUAUAAAACAAAUAACUUCUAAAUCUGAAACAAUAAGGCUUUCGGUUAGUUUCCCCUGAUUAAUCUAUUUUGUGUUUGUUCUUUUCUUUUUUUCUGCCAAUUUUUGUUUUCUUCCACAAAAAAGUACAAAUGCUUCUCACUACUUGAUGCUGAUUGGCCCUUUUAGAAUGUAUUUUGUGAAGAAAGGGGUUAAACAGGCUCUUGUUGAUGCUCACAUGCUACGAUCAGCUGCUGGUGCCAUUACAAGACACAAGAGACCACAGGAAAAACAACAACAGCAUUUUCCUCUAACAUCUGGUGCUAAAUGUUCCACACCAGCAAUACUGAGGGUAUUAGGUGCAAUCAUGUGGUUGUAGUGGAACAUGCAGCACCUUGUUCAUUUUUAAACCAGCUUUAACAUCAGAUGGGCCAGCUCAGUUUCCGCUGUGUUCUGUUCUCCCAGCAGCUGGUUGUGUGUGGAGAGUACAUUGUGUUUGUGCGCUGCAUCCAUGUUGUCUAAGCAGAAAUCCACUGAAUGUAUCCUCCUAACAGUCCAAGAGGCAGGGCGAGCCAGCGUGGCCAGCUGAGUUUAGAUGGGUGCUGCUGGUGCUUCCUCAGCCAGACUGCUGUGUGUGUGUGUGUGUGUGUGUGUUAUCAGUCCACCCUGGUGUGUGUGUCUGUGUGGACGCAUGUUCCUGUAGUUGUGGGGACAAAAAUCUGUAGGGUUAGGGUUUGGUUAAGGUGAGGGUAAAGAUUAGGCAAGUAGUGUUUAUUGUUAUGGUUAGGUGGUGGUUAAGUCUCUGAGAUAUUAAUGCAAGUCUGUGUAAUGUCCCCACAAGUGAUGGAAACACAAGAGUGUGUGUGUGUGUGUGUGUGUACGUGUGUGUGCAUGCGCGCGCGCACACACAUGUUUUCCAGCACAUCUUCCCUCCCUCUUAACACACACUCACACAUUGUGCUGAGUUUAAGUGCAGAUGUCAGGUCUUCAGUCUAAAUAAGGCAGAGGAGACUAUAAUAUAUUGGCCGCCUGCUGCUCUCUCUGUACUCUGUGGACUUUAAACAUUUCCUAUGCAGUUCUUUUUUUGGUUGCUUUUUUUGUUUACACUCAAAUAAAUAAAGUUGUAUUUCUUUGACUUCAAAA